AUGGAAGUAAACGUGGGCCCAUAUAGCGUUUCUCUCAAUGGUAUACUUUCUCUAUUGCCACCACUGCAGGCGGAAAUAUUGACCCUGAUGCUUGACUUAAUCGUCACGUUAUGUACCGAGUCCAUAGGAUUCGUACACGGCAUCUCAUUGCGCUCUGCGCUAGCAUCAGAGUCUCGGCUUCGUUUCAACACCAACCUGCGCCUUCUGACCGCAGCUCGUGGAUGGCAUAAUCCUAAUGGCGCCCUGCUUAACGGUAUCUCGGUUGUCCUCCUCAUUAUAUCCUACAGCUCGGCCUCAGUCGUCAUAUUCCUGAACCAAAAUGUCAAUUACUCAGAGACAAUCGCAAGUAUUGCCAUCGCAGGAAUACCUCUCUUCAUAUUGGGCGUCGCACUCCUCCUCCAGGUGAUGAUCGCAUUGUCAGCGAUGCGGGCUAUCAAAAUCCUGACGUGGAGCUCCUCACCUUUCGACUUGACCGCUGCACUCGUCCACCACACACAAUUGACCCCAGCUACUUUCCGGUGCAUGCGUCGUGUGUCUGACCUAGACACGUAUGGAGGACCAGCGAAGCCACCAGAGACACAGCCCUCUGCGUGGCAUGCUCACCCUAGUAUCCGUAAAGUUGUCAUUUUUCUGUGGGUUAUUGUUGCAGCAUGCGCUGGAUGGGCCGCAUUCGUCGUGUCUGUCACCUGGGACCAACAUCUGACCCUAAAAACGUGGUCGUUCUUCAACAAUUCUUACAGCAUUUACAUGACAUAUAGUCUACCGAGUGGCAGUCUUAAGGGGUGGAUUCAACUUUUUGUCAACAUUGCAGCAGUCCAGGGACUGUUGACGCUUGGGCUGCAUUGCUCGGAGCUCAUCGUGAAUGUCAUUCGAGACGAAAGACAGUGGAGAUGCGCUACCAGAAGGCAAGGACUUAAAGUGGCGACGAACCCGCUGAAGCCGAUUUUCACUCAUCCACUCUGUCUCAUACUUUUUAUCGCGAAGCCUUUCCUGCACUGGAUGUUUGGGCUUUCAUUCAAGAUAACCACAAGCGCCUAUAACGAAUCCCUACACUAUUUUUCGGUAAUGAUGUUCACUGCCCAGAUCUGGAACUUAUGCAUUGCCCUCUUUAUACUUGCCUGUUUUUUCACUGUCGUCGCACUGCUCCGACCGCACGGUCCCCAGCCAGCUGCAUAUGGCCACCUGCAGACGCUCGCCAACCUCGUGGAUGAGUGGUCGCCUGUGAUGUGGUGGGGACACAAGGAGGAUGGAAUUCCAUAUUGUCAUGCUGGUAGGGUACUUGCAUGUUCACGAUGA